CUUUGUGUAUAUAUAACUUGGAAAAAAACUCAAUUUACAUGAUGAUUUUUUUCCUCUACUACUACGCCAGCGUAAUAAAAAAAUUUAUCGCACAUAAUAGAUGAACAUAUAUUAGCAUUCAAUCGGAAAUUGUCUAUAAAUACUGAGAUAAAAAGCAUCUUUUCCCUCUCUAUGUGUAUUAAUAAUCAGUAGAGAAGCACGUAUAUCAAAAAAUUAGAUUGUGAGUGCAUUCGAGAGCGAAUAUUCGAGAAAAUAUUCGCACCAAUCGAUUGUUAAAUUCGAUACCCGGCACUGCCUGUCGACAGUAGUUACCGAAAAUGUAGCAAAAUGCCUGUAAAUAAUAUAUUAUUGUUCUACGUAACUUUAAUCGCGCCAAUUUCUAUUGUUUUAUUUUUGUACGGUUUCUUUCCGAUCGCUCAUCAUGGCGACACGAUCGCUUCGCAAUCAGAUGUUCCGAAUUACAUUGGCAAUGUGAGCAUAAAUAAACAUGCGCUAUAUAAACCGAUAAUAACAAGAUUGAUAAUCAUGGUGAUCGAUGGGAUACGAUGGGAUUUUGUGGCAGGUCCAAUGGGAAAUAUCACUAUGCCAGUGACAAGUAAGCUCCUGGCAAACUCUUCUGGAUGUUUGUUACAAGUCAAGUUGCAAUCGCCAACAGUGACAAUGCCUAGAAUAAAAGCAAUGAUGACUGGUACAGUGCCAAAUUUUGUAGAUAUAGUACUAAACUUUGGGAGUAAACCACUGCAUAGCGACAAUUUCUUGCUUCAAGCAAAAAAGUAUGGGCAUAAAUUGGUAUUUUAUGGAGAUGAUACUUGGCUCUCUCUGUUUCCUCAUAUGUUUGAACGUCAUGAUGGCACUACUUCGUUUUUUGUUACAGAUUUUACAGAGGUGGAUAAUAAUGUAACUCGUCACCUACAACACGAGUUGAAUUACAAUGAUUGGACUAUGAUGAUUCUCCAUUAUCUCGGAUUGGAUCAUAUUGGUCAUGUUGAAGGUCCAUUUGGUGCAUCGAUUAAACCUAAAUUACAAGAAAUGGAUGAGAUCAUUAAUCAGAUAGCUCAAAGAGUGCAAUAUUGGAAUACCAAUGGGAUACCUGCACUCUUCAUUAUCUGUGGCGAUCAUGGGAUGAAAGACUCGGGUGGUCACGGCGGCUCGACAUUGCAGGAAACCACGGUGCCGUUCAUCGCGAUAGGAGGGACUCGCUGUUCUCAUUCGAAAGACGGUGAAUCGAUCGAAAUCGAGCAAAUCGAUAUAACGGCAACGCUGUCCUCCGCCUUUGGAUUACCUAUUCCUUCCGCAAAUCUCGGCUCUUCGUUCCUCGAUAGCAUUUACCAUCUUGAUGAUACCAAGCGACUAUUUUUUCUCUAUUACAAUUCGAGGCAGGUGCUCGAUCGUUUUCAAAAGCUCGUCUAUCGAAAAUCACAAAUUGAAUAUAUAUAUCGGAAAUAUUUGGAUGCUGUGAAUUUACAUGUCACUUGGUUGAAAACGAAUGAGAGAUCAAACAGGAUGUUCGAAACGAUUGUUUCAUCUUACAAUGCGAUUCUUGUAGAAAUGAAGGACGUUCUAAUAAGCAGCAUAGUCGAGUAUGACUUUCGUCCAAUAGUUCUUGCUGUGCUCUUUCAAUGUCAAAUACUUGCCAUUUUGUUUUUUGCACAAAACGUAAUUUGGACUACGCAUAAAAGACCCGUAUUUUUCUUGAUUUAUUUUUCUUUAUGCUUGGUAACAUACUAUUUUUACAAUUCUGAAAAUGUGACUUCGCUUCACCUGAUGAAUAUAUUCAACGUUUUAUCAUUCCUACUCAUCAUCAGUAUCUUGUACAUAAACUGUGAUCUGUGCAUAAACAGCAACUUAUCUUUCAUAGAGCUCACAAGGAAACCAAAAAUAUGUAGAGUGUUUGAAGUCGGCGCAUUAUUACACGUAGCGAGCCUCGCCGGUAGCAGCUUCAUCGAGGAGGAACAUCAGACAUGGUACUUCUUCUGGUGUACUAUGAUUUUGUACUUCCUCUAUCGAUGCUUCAGAAAAUUGCUCGUAUGUAAACGAUACGAUCUUACGAGCGAUCUAAGGAUGCGAACCGGAAUGGAUCGACGUUACAGGAAUUCUAGGCAUUCACGCCAUGUAGAACUUUGCGCUAAGUUAUUAUUGGUACUGAUAGGGCACAGAGUUCUGCGAAAGUUAAAUAGUACCGGUGACAAAUGGGCGCAUCUACCUGACCUAGCUCGCUGGUUGAAAGAGGACGACAGUAAAAUCGGGAUGACAUUCCUGCUUCUAGCUGCGCUUGUUCUUUUAAUCUGGAUAGCACACAAAUGCGAAGACAAAGAAUACAAACGGCUAUCGUUAAUAUUUAAUAUGGCCAUUGCAACAUGUAUAUAUCUUCGUCAUAUGGCCAACAAUACUGUUCUGAGAAUUCCAUUAUAUUUUUCAUCAAGUGGAAUAUACGAAGUACAGAUGUUUUGGAGAAUAGCAGUGCUGUUUCUCAUAAGCUACGGCUAUCGAAUGACUUUAAUAAUUAGACACGACAAACAACAUUUCGCAAGUACAAUGCUAUUUUUCAUCAUCAAUUUCUGGGUGAUGAUCUCGGCGAUGCUCCAUCAACCAUACAAUGUGAUCUUGUUGCCAUUGCAGAUCGUUGCAAGCUCAACGAUUGAUGCAGUAUUGAAAGAAAAUAAUUUAACGUUUGAUCUCAGCGUCUUCAUACACUGCUGGCUCGGCAAUGUAUUUUAUUUUUGUCAGGGAAAUUCUAAUAGCCUUGCGAGUAUAAACAUUGCGGCAGGAUAUGUCGGCUUGCGUUCCUAUAUGCCUUUCAUUACCGGCGCAUAUUUAAUCAUAAACACUUAUUCCGCGCCCGUCCUAGCUUAUUUUCUGCUCGUUUACCGUCGACAGUCAAGCGAGACACAUUGCAUGGAUAUCGUUACACAUACGAGCAGAACUUACAUCGCAUGGAGAUUAUUAACUAUGACCGUUUAUAUGAUCAUCGUCGUUGGCCAACGUCAUCAUCUUUUUGUAUGGUCAGUGUUUUCCCCGAAAUUGUUGUACGAGGCGAUGUAUUCUGCGAUGAUGUGUUGUAGUGCAUUAUUGGCAUUGAUUGUGAUUACACUGCAAUCUGCGAUAAUUCCUAGUUACGCAUCGUACAAGGAUUAAGCCAACACAGGAAUGACUUUUGUGUCUUUGACAAACAAAUAAAUUUAUAUUUUAUAUUU